CAAAGAAGGAAAGAGCGAUGGAAGAGCUCAGCUUCCCCACAGUCGAUGACGAGGAAGACGACAGGUAUCUCCGGAGAAGCUUCUCCGAGGGCGACGUCUACGUCACGCGGAGCUCCCCCGCGCUGCUCGGCGACGGCGAUUCGGUGGAGUGCGAGGAGAGGAUGGACUCGCUGUGGGAGGACCUGAACGAGGAGCUCUACCGCGUCCCGAUCGAUGCGGAGAAGAGCACGAGGAGGUGGAGGAGGAGGUCGGCGGGCAUGGACGCACUGGCCGCCGCCGAGAGAAAGCUGCUGGUGGCCAAGAAGGAGCAGCAGGGAGCGGUGGAGCUGCGCUUGCUGCCGGCGUUGGAGGUGUCGAGGGGCGCCUCCCUGCGCCGGAAGCCUGGCUUCGUGGUGAUGCUGAGGAUGCUGAAGAACCUGUUCCGUGUGCGGAAAACGCACUCAUCCAAGAGGAGAUCGCAGCAGCAGAAGUAAGAGACGAAGCUGAAUCAUCUGAAAGGGAAUCCAAGAAACAAAAGCGAGAGAUCAAGUUAUGUAUUAGGGUUUGUGGAGCAGAAGGGAUGUAGAUGGAGGUGAUGCAUGUCAGAUCUGCAUCACAAAGCUGCAAAAAUAAGGCAUGAAAGUUCCAAGAAUUUUGUUGUGUGUAUAGUAUAUACAUAUAUUCGACUGUAAAUUUGUUGCAUAUAUGAAACAAGUUCUGAUUACAAUCAA